AUGGAGGAAGCGAAGAAGGUCGAGGAGAUUCGUCUGGACGAUGCUUGUGACCAGGAGUUCAGCUUGAACUACAAGCUGCUGCAGCGCUACAUCAUCCGUGUUAUUCACCCCGUUGCCUUUAUCCAUAUUUCCUGCACCUAUGGCUUGCAUCCAGAUGUGCGCAAGCGUGGUGGAAAGACUGUCGUCAAGGAAUGGGCCCAGAACGAGGGUAGUCAGCUUCGACUUCUAGCUGCCUCUUUGCAUCGAGUGACCAAGAGGAACAAGAGGACUGCGAUCCUUAAGAUGCUCUAUGCCAUCCGCAUGGGGUGGGCCACUCCCGACGAGCUGGAGGAUGGCGACAACGAUGGUGCUGCAGCCAUCCCGGUCGAUGAAGAACCUGGCGAAGGGGAUUUGAGUGAUGGUGCAGCGGAUGUCGAACCAUGCCGUGACCUUUCGAAGGUUCCGAAUCCUGCUGACGUUCUUUCACCAGAUGCAUUGAGGGAGCUGCAUGAUAUGGUGGAUGAGCAGGUGGCUGCAAAGAAAGCCGAGCGAGACGACCUGGAUGGAUCCAAAUCGGACAAUCCCUCCAAGGAGGACGUCGAGCCGCCGAUCCCACCGAAUCUGCAGGAGGAGUACGACAGUUUGCUCAAGGACCUGCUCACGGAGGUGCCCGUGGUAACCCCAAUCGGGAAUCGUGUUCGUGAUGAGCAGCGCAAGCUGAAAGCGCAAAAGAGGCAGGCUGCAAAGGAGUCGAAGCCCAAAGCCAAGGCAGCUUGCAAGAAUCCCGGCACUAAGUCUGCGGAGAAGCCGAAGCCAACCGAGAAAUCUGCCAAGAAGCCAGCGGAGACCGCGACGACAUCGAAACGCAAGCUGGCAAGAUCUUUCAGCCUGUCCGAAAAGCAGGCUGAAGCGGACGAGAAGAAGCAAGAGCGGAUGAAGGCUGCACAGGACAAGGCUGACCGAAUGCUUGAAGUCGUCCGGGCGUCUGGUUUGGAAGACUUGCAGCCGUCUGUGGGUUUCACAGGCAAGUGUCACGACUGCACAUACAUCAAAUUGAACAUGGCUGAGCUUCUGAGAUACAUACAUGACAAUCUCAGGUCCUACCAGAUUUGCCCUCCGGCCUACAUCGCGAACACCAACGACAAGAUCAAUCCGAUCACAUGCUGUUUGUAUUCCGCUUCGAUCUAUGUCAACCGGACACUGUGUGCUGACGACAGCGAGCGCUAUGGUGUGAAGAUUGACAAAAAGGGUGGCUCAAGCAUGGCUUGGAACAAAUGGGGUGGAAUUGAGACCACGUGGGAGCUCGCGAAGUUCCUCGCGGGAUGGACGGAUGUGGAGAUCAAGAAGGGCAAGCUCCCUCCUGAUGUCGAGGUGUGCGAACUAUUCUCUGGUGUGGCCUCUAUCGCCAAGGGCUUCAGUGGGCUGCGGGUACGCCCCUUCUGCUACAACAAGGCUGAUAUGCAGAUGGUGCUGGUCAAGCGCACCAUUGCCAAAGACGGCAGUGGAAAGAAGAAGGUGACCGGUGUCAAAGACAGCUUGGUGAAGUCUGGUGCAUAUCCUAUCGAUUUUGGGGUCCGAGUGGCUGAACUUCAUUUGGGGAUGCUGGCUGGCCGGCACGAUGCCGACGUGGGUGCAAGCCUGGGCCUCUACUCCUUGCACGAUAAGCUCGUUGCUGGAGAUUUGGUUGUCCCACCCUUGUGGUCGGAAUGGGAAGAAGCCAAUCUUGCAGAGUUGCGAGAAUUUCUCGAAGCAGUUGAAGAUGAAGGCUACUGGAGCCCGCCGCCCGACCUGCCAAGGCCCUUUGGUGUGCAGGGGACACUCAUGAGUUUAUCUAAAGACGAGCGGGCGAGGUCCAAGGCUGGAAGUGAUUCCAUCCCACUCAGCAGAGGCCCGAUCUCUGUCGAUUCCCGACCUACCUUGCAGUGGUCACAAGCUAGCAUCCAAAAGGAUGCCCGGGUGCCCCUCUACAUGGAUGAUUUCUUGCAGCUGGAUGGCCAGGCCUACGACUUAAUUUUUAUGGAUGCAGAGUCGGGUCCAAGGUUGAUGUCGUAUGGGCUUCAAGCGAUGCAAGACUAUUUCCUGAACGACUUUGUCUCUAGCUGCAAGCCUUUUGAUGACCUACUGGCUGCUGCUGAAGCUUGGAAGCUGGGUGAGACUGUGAUGUCUUGUCAGGAUGCUAUGUUGCAGGCCUUGGAUGCAAUCGAGCAGCAGGCCUCGUACGAUGAGAACGACUUGCCGAAGCGGAAGGCAGCAGCAGAAACAGCAGCCCAAAGAAUCCUUGAUGCAAAGCUUAAGGGCGACAACAAUGAGCGCAAGGUGACGGUUGAGAAGUGGCUCCAGGGGGAAAUGGAUCGCUUGCUUUCUAAGUCACGGGAACUUAAGCUAAAGGCAGGGAAGGCUGCUGAGGUGGCUGGCCUUGCACUCAACAAAGUUAUGGGGCUCGCUCAAAAGCAUGGCUUCUCAGAUGUGUUCUCCCAGAAGCUAGAGCUGUGGCGACAGAUGGAUGCUGCCCAGAAGGCUGCCUACGAUGUCCUCAAGGAUGAUUGUGCAGCUGCUCUAGAUGAUACGCUGUUGGAGUCUACACAAGUGGAUGCUUGCACGCAGGAUCAUGCACAGGUUCAUGCCACCACCGGUGCCUCUGCAACAGAAGCCCCUGCAGCCGUUGAGCUACCAGAUGCGGCUGAGACCCUGCUAUGUGAUCCUUCUGCCUAUGUGGAUGUGAAUGGAGAUGACCUGAAUGGUUAUUCCACACAAGUAGAUACAGCAGAAGGGGGAUGUCAUUCCAAGAAAACACAUGAUGCACCAGAAGGGAGUGGCCAGAAUGAUGCCAAGAAAGCACACGCACCAGAAGGGGGUGGCCACAACGAUUCCGAGAAAGCACUCGCACCAGAAGGGGGUGGCCAGAAUGAUUCCAAGAAAGCACAUGCACCAGAAGGCGGUGGCCAGAAUGAUUCCGAGAAAGCACACGCACCAGAAGGGGGUGGCCAGAAUGAUUCCAAGAAAGCACACGCACCAGAAGGGGGUGGCCAGAAAGAUUCCGAGAAAGCACACGCACCAGAAGGGGGAGGCCAGAAAGAUUCCGAGAAAGCACAUGCACCAGAAGGGGGAGGUGAUUCCGGAACCAGCCAUGGUCACCCAGAGGGGCAGGCCAGAGAUGAUGCUCCUUGCGAUGUGCAUUCGGACACUGGCUCAGUAGAGAUUCUCAAUGAUGACGCCUUCUUGGAAGCCGAACUAGCAAGGAAGAGCCCACUGCAGCAGAAGCUCCAGCGCAAGAAGGUGAUGGACUAUGCCGAUGAAGAGGAGCUCCGGAUGCAAGAAGCCAAGAAGAAAGCCAAAAGGGACCGCAUGAAAUUCAACCGAUCCCUGCAAAGUGCGAAUUGUCCAGAUGUGAUCUUGCAGAAGGCUGCCGAUGGCAAAUAUGGGACUGUCGUCCUCAAAGAGCUGUUCAAGAUUUACAUGGACUCCGGGAUGGAUUGGAUGAACAGCUCCAUCGUCCUAGAACAGAAAAGGAAGCAGCAAACCUCUGUCAGUGGCUCCCAGCACUAUGUGACCUUCGAAAGCCUGAAGCUUAAGCACGGAGAAGGCCGUGCAAAAUCGGUUCGGGAUGAAAAGAAAGCACUCCAACGAGUGCAUGGCAACUACCAACCGGAUGCUCCCUACUGGUUCAAGCAUCCUGAUUGGCCAAAUGACGAGGAAAUGGAAAUGUUUCUGGUCUAUGAAUCCGCACGCGUGGAGAGCCGCCGAACAGAUGAGCUAAACCACAGGCCAGCGCUUCUGAACUCGUCGGCAAUGCCAGGGCCACUGCAGCUUGGCAACGGUGAUGCGCAUGGGUCGCAGCAGGCGCCUGGGACUCUGGCUCUUCCCAAGCCAGCAAAAACGAAAACAGAACAAAGCUGGUGGAAAGAUCAAAGAUGCAAAGUCCCUGCUGACGGAUGCCAAAAUGUGGGCGCACAAGGUGGAUGA